GAAGUUACAUAAAAGAAUCUAAACUCUCCGCGGCUCUGUUAACGUUGGCGGGAGCCGGGCGGGCCACCUACCCGGUGCUCUCUGCUGUUCGGCCCGGGCUGCAGGUGCUCGAGGGUGUUGCGGUGGAGUUCCGCGGCCCAGCGUCACGAUGCGGGUGGCAGUGGCCGGCUGCUGCCACGGCGAGCUGGACAAGAUCUACGAGACUCUGGCGCUGGCGGAGCGGCGCGGCCCGGGACCGGUGGAUCUCCUUCUGUGCUGCGGCGAUUUCCAGGCGGUGCGCAACGAGGCAGACCUGCGCUGCAUGGCCGUGCCGCCCAAGUACCGCCACAUGCAGACCUUCUACAGAUAUUACUCGGGAGAGAAAAAGGCCCCGGUUCUCACCAUCUUCAUUGGAGGAAACCAUGAAGCCUCAAACCAUUUGCAAGAGUUACCCUAUGGUGGCUGGGUAGCGCCAAAUAUUUACUAUUUAGGCUUGGCUGGUGUUGUCAAAUACCGAGGAGUAAGGAUUGGUGGCAUCUCUGGCAUAUUUAAAUCUCAUGACUAUAGAAAAGGUCAUUUUGAGUAUCCCCCUUAUAAUUCAUCUACCAUAAGGAGUAUAUAUCAUGUGAGGAAUAUAGAGGUCUACAAAUUAAAACAGUUAAAGCAGCCUAUACAUAUAUUUUUAUCUCAUGAUUGGCCGAGAAAUAUAUAUCAUUAUGGAAAUAAGAAGCAGCUUCUUAAGAGCAAAUCUUUCUUCCGCCAAGAAGUGGAAAACAGCACCCUAGGGAGCCCAGCUGCCUUGGAGCUGCUCGAGCACCUACAGCCUGCAUACUGGUUCUCCGCACACCUUCACGUGAAGUUUGCAGCCCUGAUGCAGCAUCAGGCCACAGAUAAAGAACAAGCAGGCAAAGAAACCAGGUUUUUAGCCUUGGACAAGUGCUUGCCACACAGAGACUUUCUUCAGGUGUUGGAGAUAGAGCAUGACCCCAGUGCUCCUGAGUGCUUAGAGUAUGAUGUGGAGUGGCUGACUGUUCUCAGGGCCACUGAUGACCUCAUUAACGUGACCGGGGGCCUGUGGAAUAUGCCUGAAGACAAUGGUCUGCACACAAGGUGGGAUUAUAGUGCAACUGAAGAAACUAUGAAAGAAGUAAUGGAAAAAUUGAACCAUAACCCUAAAGUCCCCUGUAACUUCAGCAUGACAGCUGCUUGUUAUGAUCCUAGUAAGCCACAGACACACGUGCAGCUGGUUCACAGGAUCAGUCCGCAGACUACUGAAUUCUGUGCCCAGCUUGGCAUCACAGACAUUAAUGUCAUGAUUCAGAAGGCCAAGGAAGAGCAUCAUCUGUGUGGUGAAUAUGAACAGCAGGGUGACCUGGGGACUGAUGAGUCUGAAGAGGACCAGAGUGAAUACAACACAGACACGUCUGCCCUGUCCUCUAUUAAUCCAGAUGAAAUAAUGUUGGAUGAAGAAGAGGAAGAGGAAGCUGUAAGUACUCAUAGUGACAUGAAUACACCUUCUGUGGAACCUUCUGAUCAGGCAUAUGACCUCUCUACAAGCUUUUCUGAUGUCAGGAACUUACCAAGUUCCAUGUUUGUGUCUUCUGACGAUGCAUCCCAUUCUCCAACAAGUGGAGAGGGGAAAUCUUGUAAAACUGUAGAGUCUGGGGAUGAAAAAGACUUAGCCGAGUUUCCUCUGAAGAGGCUGAGCAAUGAACACGAACCUGAACAAAGAAAGAAAAUAAAGAGGAGGAACCAAGCCAUCUAUGCUGCAGUGGAUGAUGAGGAUGCUAACGAUGAAUAAGACCAAGGCCAUGACUUGUGAUAAAUAUAGGCGUGUGAUUUCAAGACCCUAUUUUUAGGGCCGAAUUUCUGAUUUAUGACUGAGCUUUGUAAUAAUGAAAUGAUGGAAUUUUGGCUAUAAGCUCUGUAUUUGGGUAUAUGUUUAUAUGAUUCAGAUAUAGACUUAUUAAAAUUUCAUAUGAAAUUUGAUUGAUGACCAUUUUUAAGACUUUCACUUCCAUAGUUUUCAGCACUUACAACACAUGAAUUUUGAGAAACACUGUUCUCUAAGAUGGGACUAUGAAGAUUUUGCAAAUACAUUGAAUGUUACUUAAUUGCUGAAAUUAUCCUAUUGAUUCUUGUAUACUACAUUUUAGCUGAAUUUUUUAUGUAAAUUUGUAUAAAUGCUAUCUAUCCUGCUGCAUGAUAGAUAGAUCGUAGGUAGUGAAAUAUUUUCAGAGAUCUGGAACACCUCUUGUCUGGAGUUACAGUACCUGGGCUGCCUGGGGAGAUUGCCCUGGACUUUGGAAGAGGAAUCAUGGGUCUCAGGAUCUGUUCGCAUCAUCCCACAGCAGUCCAGAUCCAGCCACUCGUUUAGGGAAGUCCUGAAGUGGCUAGCUAGCAUCCAUCUUGUCGGCAUUUGACUUCAGAAAGCUUGGCAGCUUUGAGGCUUUUGUUUCCCUCACUUUAAAAGAUUAUUUACUUAUGUACAUAGGUAUCUGCAACUGGAUUUCUUUCUACUCUUUUGAAUUCCACAACUCCAGAUUGUGGUUUUCCCCAGAAAAGUCUUUUUAACAAGGAAAAGAACACUGGUAUGCCUGAGGUAAUUUGGGGUAUUGAACUCCCCUGAAAAUAAUACAGCAGAAAGUAUAAAACAAAUGCUAGAAUUAAUAGAUAUUAAUUCUAAAAAACAAAUAAUACUCUAGUUUACCCAAGAAAGUAUGCAAAUAACAAGCCGUGCUUGGUGGGCCAGACCCUUAAUCCUAACACUCAGGAUAACAGGCAGGAGGACCUCUAAGGUGAACCUGUUCUACAAAGUGGAUUCUAGGUCAGCCAGGGCUAUGUAGAGAGACUAUCUCAAAAAAAAAAAAAAAAAAAGUAUGUAAAUAGAUACAAGAAAUGUUAUUCUUACAACAACUGUAAAAGCUUGGUAGAAUAUAUGUAUGAUUGCUUGGUACAAUGUAUGUAUGGUUGGAAUUUCUUAGAAACAGAAUUUAUUGAUGUCAAUUGUGGUUGAUCAAAUACAUUUCUACAAAAGAAA